GUUGUUCGCGCAUGCGCACUGAACUCGGUGCUUUGUUAAAUCGCUGCACUAUGGCGCUGAGCAAAACGUUUGGCCAGAAGCCGGUCAAAUUUCAGCUCGAGGAGGAUGGAGACUUUUAUAUGAUCGGUUCGGAGGUGGGAAACUACCUUCGUAUGUUUAGAGGCUCCUUGUAUAAACGGUAUCCGUCAUUAUGGAGAAAACUAGCAACGGUGGAAGAAAGGAAGAAAAUAGUGGAGUCGUCACACGAUCACGGUUACACUCAGCUCGCCACCAGUGUGACGCUGCUGAAAGCCUCGGAGGUCGAGGAGAUCCUCGAUGGAAACGAUGAGAAGUACAAAGCUGUGUCCAUCAGCACCGAGCCCCCCGCCUACCUCAGGGAACAGAAGGCAAAGAGGAACAGUCAGUGGGUUCCCACGCUGCCCAACAGUUCCCACCACCUGGACGCCGUGCCCUGCUCCACCACCAUCAACCGCAGCCGACUGGGCCGGGACAAGAAGAGGACCUUCCCUCUGUGCUUUGACGAUCACGAUCCUGCAGUAAUCCACGAAAACGCCACUCAGCCUGAAGUUCUCGUCCCGAUCCGUCUGGACAUGGAGAUCGAGGGUCAGAAACUCCGAGAUGCUUUCACCUGGAACAUGAACGAGAAGCUGAUGACGCCCGAGAUGUUCGCUGAGAUUCUGUGCGACGACCUGGACCUGAACCCGCUGGCCUUCGUUCCCGCCAUCGCCUCGGCCAUCCGGCAGCAGAUCGAGUCGUACCCGACAGACAGCAUCCUGGAGGACCAGGCGGACCAGAGGGUCAUCAUCAAGCUCAACAUCCACGUGGGGAACAUCUCACUGGUGGACCAGUUCGAGUGGGACAUGUCAGAGAGGGAGAACUCGCCUGAGAAGUUCGCCCUGAAGCUCUGCUCUGAGCUGGGCCUGGGCGGAGAGUUCGUCACCACCAUCGCCUACAGCAUCCGAGGUCAGCUGAGCUGGCACCAGAGGACGUACGCCUUCAGCGAGAACCCUCUGCCCACGGUGGAGAUCGCCAUCAGAAACACGGGCGAUGCCGACCAGUGGUGCCCCCUGCUGGAGACCCUGACAGACGCAGAGAUGGAGAAGAAGAUCAGAGACCAGGACAGAAACACGAGGCGGAUGAGGCGUCUGGCCAACACGGCACCAGCGUGGUAAAACCAGCGCCCCCUGCAGGACGGACGGCUCAGAACAGCAGCACAGACUUUUUUUCCCUCCGCUGUGCGCCGGACGUCUCUUCUGGUCCGUUUUUAUUUUUGUUACGUUUUGUUUGUUAGCUCCGCCUCCAUAAAACCCUCUGAGAAGCUGCUCUCUUUGACCACUGACUCUUUACCCGACCAGAGGUGGGAAAAAAACACACCAAUCUCAGAUAAUAUAUUGAUUUGUUGUAUUUGAUGUCCUUUUUGUACAUUUUAAUAAUUCUUACAAAAUAAAAAUAUGAAAGAACUUGA